UGGAGAAACUCGCGCUUGAACUCCUUUGGUGUCUUCGUACUCUUGGCGUUUCCUGUUCCUAUUUUUUUGCCCACUUUCGCUUCGUCAGGGUUGAUUGAUUGACCAGUUGAUGAGAGUGGCAGAUAAGUCCGUGUCUGUGUUUGAUAUAGCAUAAUUACCUGACAGGUGGGUCGCGUUUAUGCAUGUAGCAUGAAUGGCGCUAACAGGGUGAUUUAAAUAGGUGAUUUGAUCAGGUGAUUGGACAAGGUGGUUUGAUUAGGUGAUUGGACAAGGUGAUUUGAAUAGUUGACUGCACAGGCUGUUUUGAUUAGGUGCUUGGACAAGGUGAGUUGAUUAGGUGAUUGGACAAGGUGAGUUCAUUAGGUGCUUGGACAAGGUGAUUUGAUUAGGUGCUUGGACAAGGUGUAUUACUCUUUAUACCACUUCCCCUAGUCAAGGUUUUCGGUUCGUUUCUCAAAAAAAGAAAAAGACAAAAGGUGAUUUAUAAAGGACUGCAGCUUGAUUGGUAUUGUGAUGAUAGUGAUAUCCGUUGAGCUUGAGGCUAAUUGCUGCAGCGUGCUAGAGUAUAGUGACAAGCGCGAUGAUGGCUUCGCUGCGUAGACGCUUUUAAAACGGUGAUGGUGAUGAUGAUAGCAGCUAUACAUGGUAGGCUGCUAAGAAGCUCAGUCUUCUUGGAAGAUAACAUCCUUAGCUACGAAGAUCGAUGUCGGAAGAUAACACAUGACACGUGGAUUGCUUAUACUAAUAACACAUGACACGUGGAUUGCUUAUACUAAUACCGUUGUGUGUGAUUAGCUGUGCUGAUUGCUGCUCUUUGGAAACCGAGGCCACAACUGAUAACACAUGACACGUGGAUUGCUUAUACUAGUACCGUUGUGUGUGAUUAGCUGUGCUGAUUGCUGCUCUAUAACACAUGACACGUGGAUUGCUUAUACUAAUACCGUUGUGUGUGAUUAGCUGUGCUGAUUGCUGCACUUUGGAAACCGAGGCCACAACUGAUAACACAUGACACGUGGAUUGCUUAUACUAAUACCGUCGUGUGUGAUUAGCUGUGCUGAUUGCUGCUCUUUGGAAACCGAGGCCACAACUGAUAACACAUGACACGUGGAUUGCUUAUACUAAUAGUGUUGUGUGUGAUUAGCUGUGCUGAUUGCUGCUGAUUGCUGAUUUGGAAACGAGGGCACAAGUCUGUUUGAUCAAACAGCUGCUUGAGUAUUUGACAAGCUAACACCAUCCCAUUUCAAAAGAAUAGUGUCCUCUUGGGACCACUCGAGCAAUCCAGCCUGCAGGGUUUCUUAUUCCUUUUUUCCAUCCUUAUUUUUUUCUGUAGGUUUGCUGGUAAUAGGAAUUUCUGAAAAUUUUCCUCUGGAAAAUUUACUCCGUAUCUUACCAUCUCUCCGAAAUUUGCUGGUGAUGGCACGACGCGCCGCUUUAAUAUAUUAUAUGAUAUAUUAUAUGAUAUGCGACCUGCCUCACAAUUUUUUGGGAGUUGUGGUGGUGGUAUUGAAAAUGGAACACUUGGCUGGAUCUGAUAACACGUAUUUGUUGUGAUUGUGUGAUUAACUGUAGCGAUCUGAAUUUGGAAAAGCUGAUUAGGUGAUUGUUUAGAACGGCAGUAUUGAUUGUUCCUCUCUUCUUACGCGUCUGCCGUUCUUCUUUUUUCCGCGCCGUGGAGUUUUUUUUUUUUUUUUUUUUUUUGCAAUUGACUGUUACCGAUUAUCGACGACCAGCGCGACAACGACUGGUCGUUUUUCCGCCCCCAGACGGCAGACGGAGGUGAGAUUGCCGUUCUUGAGGAUGACAACGUCUUGGUCCUCCUCGUGCCCGACCAUGACAUGGCAGACGCAGCAGCAAGGAGAGAAGGAUCAGUCGGAGAAGAUGCCCGUCGAGUUGUGUCCCAAUAAGAGAAGUUCAGCGCCGAUUUCCAGUGGCAACGGGAUGGACAGAAAAGUCAGACGCAGCAGCAGCAGCAGCAGCAGCAGAUGCAGCAGCAGAUGCAGACGUACUCUGGGAAGGAGUAGAAAGGCAGGCGGAGGAGGAAUGGGAGAGACGGAUCGGUUGGCAGCCAUAGCCAGUUUUCUCCAUAUCGUUGUCUUUUUCUUCUUGCUCCUGUCUACUUGCAGCAGCUGCGAGAACCAAGACGAAAACGCAGGCCAGGUUCGUGUCGUCGAUGAUGGCACUCGAUUGCGCCUACAGCGCACGCAAGAUGAGUCCAAUUUGCCGAACAGUCUCGGUCUUCUUGAUCGGGCUCCCGACUCCGGCUCCCCCUCUGUGUCAGCUUUUCUUCGUGUAAACCGAGAUGUCCAGGAGAAGAAACAGAAGAAAAAGAGGACUCCGAAGAGGAGCAAACGAGCUGAAGGUGAUGUGGAUGGUGAUGGUGAUGACAAGUAUUAUGAUGGCGUUGAUGUCAACUAUAUUGGUCAGGUGGUGGACUUCGCUUCACAGACAAUUAAGAGGUCCGAAGAGCCUUUUGUGGAUCUCAAAGGGUUAAGUAAGGCAGUGAAGGUGGUCGCAAGAGGGAGGGGAGACGCGGCAUCAGCAUCGUCGUCGAUGAUGACGGCAACCAUAGCCAGGACGGACGACCAUAGCCAGAGUCAGAGAGGUGGGGACUUCGAGAGCGCUGGUGACGUAAGGGGUGUAUUCUCUGUCUCACUACGUAGGAUGCUCUCUCUCUCCCACUCUUAUUUUUCGAGGCAGGCUAUGGAGAUGGUGGAACCGUACUCCGCCACUACUAUGCCUCCUACCUCCGUCUAUUCCGGCAAUGUAACGUCGGAUAUGCCGCCGGUGAACAGACUUCUGUCACUCGUCUCUUUGUCGUCGGCGAGUCCCUCCUCUUCCUCCUCCGCUUCUGAUCUUGUUCCUGUGGGACAUGUGGCGAACAGCGUGAAUGUCACCGAAAUCUGCAGCCUGAUCGGGGAAGAGCACGGGAAAUGCGUCGUGUGGAGUACUUCAACGGGGCACUUGGUGGAGAUCUAUAGUCCGAAAUACGCGGACCAAGCGGAAUGCGCAAGCUUUCUCCUGCUGCCGGCAGAGAACACAUGGCGCAAGGACGUGAGGAUAGUUCUAUACUUGCUCGGUAUUCUCUAUAUCUUCAUUGGACUGAUCAACAUCACCGCCGUCUUCAUGAGGGCCAUGGAAGUCAUCGUCAACCAGAAAUGCAUCGUACUUCGAAGGAAUCCUGUCACAGGUCAUCUGGACAAACAUGUGGGGAGAAUAUGGAACAACACUGUGGCUGACAUCACGCUUCUGGCAUUCGGUACUUCGGCGCCACAGAUAUCACUGGCAUUGAUUGAUGCAGUGCAAACACUAGGACAGCCUCCAGGAGGUCUCGGCACGGGAACCAUUAUUGGGUCAGCCGCCUUCAAUGUGUUUCCGAUUCUUGCUGUAUGUGUUCUUGUGCCGAAGGCAGGAAGCAUCAAGAAGAUACAGAAUUUCGGAGUUUGGGUGGUGGAAUUCACAUGGUCUAUAUGGGCAUACAUCUGGUUGAUCCUCAUUGUUCAGGUGUGGACACCAGGUGUGAUCACUGUGACUGAGGCUGUUAUGACAAUACUACAGUUUCCAGUCCUGAUCCUCCAUGCGUAUGGACAAGAUAAGAAAUGGUUCUCAUCGGGCAAUCGGUUGAAAGUGUGGAGAGCCAUCAUGCAGAGGCAAACCCUGCACUCUGCAAGUUCGCUGACACCACUGGACGAUGCGGAUGAUGCGAGGAACCAUGUCCUGCCGUCAAGUGCUGACCACAGCGGCCACAUUGAGGUAGAAGAAGAGGGCGGUGGAGACAGGCGGCUGAGUUGGAGUUCGCCACCUCAUCACAAAUUCUCUGGCUCUCGUCGACCAAGUUUCCAAGUAGAGGGGGCGAUGCACCCACAGCACCAGGACUUUUGGAUGCAUCGGCACAGUAUAAGGAUGUCGCCCAUGCCUAUGGAGCCAGGACGUGAACAUGCAGAUCACUAUCCUAGCCGUCGUCCGUCAGCGCCGGUGAAUCAUGAGAGCAGCAUUAAUCCUUGUCAUAAGCGAGCGACAGAGAGCAUUGACAGAGGAGCUGGCAGGCAAUCUGGCAGCCAUACCGUUGCUUUGCAAGACCACCAACCUCCUCCCUCAUGUGCAGCACAGGACGUUCCACCUCUAUCUAGAGCUCUAUCUUUUGUUGAGCCUCUCGGUUGGGAGGACAUAAAGAGCUUGUGGAGAGAUCAAUUCUGCGAUGCAAUGACGGUGAAAGGAACAACAAGUGGCGACGACUCAGAGGAACCUGCAGAUCCCUCAUUUACCGACUUCAUACUUCACUUCAUCUGUUUUUUCUGGAAGGUUCUGUUUGCUUUCAUCCCCCCACCAGAAAUUUGGCAUGGGCGCAUUGCAUUUGCCUGUGCUGUGGGAUGGAUCAUGGCAAUGUCGUACGUGCUUAUUGACCUGGCAAAUCUGUUUGGCUGUGCCUCGGGAAUGGAUCCGUUCGUUUUGGCCAUCACCAUCCUUGCGACUGGCACAUGUCUCCCUGACUUGAUUGGGAGCUACAUCGCUGCACAGAAUGAAGUAACUGCUGACUCUGCCAUCGCGAAUAUAAAUGCUAGCAACUGCAUCAAUGUGUUUGUUGGCCUGGGAUGUCCAUGGUUGGUUGCCUCUAUUUACAACAGGUUAGUUCUCAAUCAGGAGUUCCCCAUUGCAUCGCGAGGAACAGGAUUUUCCGUUAUGAUAUUCUGUAUUGCAGAAUUCAGCGCCACCGCGCUAAUGCUUGGUAGACGAUAUGUAUUUGGUGGAGAACUGGGAGGUCCACGCAAGUUCGCUGUAAUCUCAAGCAUCGUAUGGCUCCUGCAUUGGGCCUUCUACAUUAUUAUGUCUUCUCUGAGGUCAUAUGGAUCAAUAUGAUGCCCCCCAACUGUCCGUUACGUUGUUGUUGUGCCAAUUGUACCAGACACAGGUUUAGAUGCGGUGCUGAGCGGCACAGACUUGUUGUCAUUCGCAUCCAUCCAUGCGUACUGGAGCAAUGGAGGCUGGCUUAUCAAGCCCUUUGUGCGAGCUGUUCAUCCGCCAACAAGUUUUGAGACCUCUCUGCUUUCAAUCCAGGUAGAGUCUGAUAUGAUGGGUCGGUGAAACUCCGACGAAACAGUUUGUCACAGCCCCUCGUUUGUUGUCCUCUUCUCCCUCUCUGCCUACGGUUUACCGGGCAGUUCUAUUUGACGAUAUAUAUAUAUUCAUGUGGUAUAUAUAUACCACACAACAAACGAGGGGCUGUGACAAACUGUUUCGUCGGAGUUUCACCGACUCAUCAGGAGGCUGAACCCUACGGUUUUACCGGGCAGUUCUGUUUGUGACGAUAUAUAGACUAUAUAUAUGUAUAUAUUAUACUCCCAGGGAAAUCACAUUACACCUGCAGAUCCACUUCCUGUUCCGUCCACUGGAAUCGACUCUUUGAGAUUCUGGUCAGCUAAAUGACUUGACACUGUGCUUUUGACCUCGCUGACAUGUGGCUUCAGCUUCUCUGACAGGCACACCGUCAAUGCAUCGGUUUUGAAACUGGAGACUCUUGUCCAUGCUGAUAUGUCGUUUCGGCCUCUGUGAUUGGCCCGACAUCAAUGUGGCUUCGAGUCUGAUCACCUGGAAUCGGCUCUUUGAGAUUCUGGUGAGCUAAAUGACACUGACAUGUGGUUUCAGCCUCCUGGACUGGAGCCCCAUGAAUGGAUUGGGUUUGAAACUGGAGCGGCUCAGCGUAGGUGUCGUAUGUGGCUUCCAGUUUGAUGAACUGGAAUCGGCGUUUUGAGAUUAUGGUCAGCUUAAUGACAUGACAUUGUGGUUUCACCCUAGCUGACAUGUGGUUUCAGCCUCCCGGAUUGGCGCGCCAUCAACGGAUUGGGUUUGAAACUGGAGAGGCUCAGCUUAGGUGUCAUCCUCGGUUCCGAUGUGAUUCCAGAUUGCAAAUCUGCAAUGGAUUAGAAUUCAGAUCACAUCUUAUCGAACCGGAUCCAGAUACAGGAUUGAGUCUCAAUCAGAUAAGAGUUGAAGAUGGGAUCAAAGUUUACCAGAUCAGAUCAGAAGCAUCAGCAGAUGGAACAGCGAUACUGCUGGACUCUUUCGAGCCUGGUGCCAUCAGCAGCGAAAUCAAACUGUUGCGCACUGCUAAAAUGAGGAUCCAUAUGAGGCCACGUCUGCUGCCAGCCGUCGUGAAAAAAUAAAAAGGAAAAGAAGAUGGUUCUGCUGGUUCGGGCAGUUGGUUUUCGACAGAUUGCACAAGGUUCUGCUGGACUGGAAAGCCAGCUCGGACUCUGUUCAGGUCACAUCGGGUCCAUUGUUGAACGAGACCCAACCAGAUUGAAGGAGAAUAAGAUCCUUCAGGCUCAGUUUGUGUUGUCGUGGUUCGUAUGCGGUUGAUUUAGGUUCGAGCUUUGAUUUACAUAUGACUGUUGGGAUUGCACACUCGGGUUAGAUUUGAUUCUAUGGUCAGACUGGGAUCUUCUCUGGUCUCUCGAAGUGGAAGCAUAUUUUGAGGGCAAGCAGAGAUGACAGAUGAUGCAUGGGAAAGGAACGGAACUGCGCGGGUUUGGCCGAGAUAGUUGUGAGAUUUCUCUAGAAGGGCAAGGGUAAGCGUUCGACCUGGCAGGUAGUGGUGAAGUGAGCGCUCGGGCGUGGCCAAGAUUGCGGCUUUUUGGAAUACACUAGAGCCUCUGCUUUCACAGGGAUGGGGAACCAAAGGGUUAUUGGACGUGUGCCAAACCUGUGCAAUCAGAUGGUCAGUGGAAUGGCCGCCGUCCAGCAGCCGCGCUUUGAACAAAUGUUGAUGGACCUGAGAGCCUGGCAAGCCUGUGUCAUGGUUGUGGGUCUACCGCUUCUCGGCUUUUGGAGGAAUUGGGAUUUGAAUAUGCCCCGUAUCCAAUCGGGUCAGUGUUUCUGAGUCUGAGAAACGCAUCAGAAGUUCUUGGCGAAUAUCGAGGAACGCGAGAGCAUGGCAGAAGUUGUUGUGUUCUUGCAGGCGAAAGGCUAGAGUCCGAUGUCACUCCUUUCUUUGUCUGACACUGGCUCCAUUUGUUUUGCCCCAGUUGCGCGGACUAAUUCGAGGCGGCAUCACCUGGCUCAGGCUCCUGAACCGUGCAUGCCUACAACUGCGAGUUGACCUGCGAAUGCGUGUAUAAUUCUGUGUGAGCGCACGGGUGUGGCCAAGAUUGUGGCUUUGGUGUACGCGUACGCGGACUAAUUCGAGGCGCCGUGACCCUCCCCCUCCGCCUCGAUAGCCCGUGCCCCCCCUCCCCGGUAGCCAAACCCCCCUCCCAAAAUGGUCAAAAAAGAAGUCGGUACAAUGGCGUGCAUGUAACGGAAGUGCAUACUUGUUCCCCAGAUGUACGAGCGUACGUAUGCCGAUCCCAUGUACAGGUACGCAGUGCAACGCAGCUGUUGACAGAAAGAUCCGGUGUUCGAAGCCCGUUGGGUUUACGAAGGUUAAUGGCUACCCCUUUACGAAAGUUUAACUCGAGAGUCGAAGCAGCUUUGUUGCAAAUCUGCCGUCGGAUGAGAGUCGAGGCAGCUUUGUUGCAAAUCUGCUGUCGGAUGACAUACAUGUUCCCCAGUUGGACCUCCAAAAAAAAAAAAAAAAAGGCCAGGAGGCCAGGUCUUGAUCAAUGGCCAAGAGCCCAGUCUCUGUCCGUGUACUCAUUUUAAUGUUGCAGUUGCUGAGUAGAUUUAAAAACUAGGUUAGUGGCUCAUUUUAAUGUGCACUUGCUGAGUAGACUUAAACCAGGUUAGUGGGCUGUAGAAGUGUAGAUUGAUGCUGGGACAGGUUGAGGUCGUUAUUGAGAGGCGUUAUACGGUUAUACCCUCUCUGUAUCUUAAUAGUGUGGAGUUGUGUUAUGUCGGCGGCUGUGAAACACCGGAAACGGGAGGAAUUUAUGAUAUGUAGCCAAUCCAUCAAACCCCACGUACUCCGAAAAUGUCUCCUAUCAGGUUACCCUUAUCGCCACCAAGCGAUAAGGGUUUCGAUCGUCACCAAGCGAUAAGGGUAAAUGGCAGAAAUUGUCUGUCACGGAGAUUGAUUAAGACCAGGAGAUGGGAGAUCUCAGUUGUUCAGCCGACCAGCGGAGGCUUAGAUAGACUAGAGAUGGGUCGAUCACUUGAUAUUUAAUCAAUUGUAAUGAGCUCUCAGAGCGCCAAGCACUCUGCCCUGUCAUCAUCCUUUUUGUCAGGGCCUCAUGUUUCGAGUGGAGAAUAUGCGAAUCCCAUUACAUGUGAGAGAUCAGAUUGGUCGCCCGGUGAUGGCUGGAGCGAGAAGGAUUCUUGAAGAGCGGAGUGCACCGGCUCCAGAUAUCGGGCUACGGUGAGCCGCUCUGUUCUUUUUCUUGUUUUUUUGUCCACUAUAUUCACCAACUUCAGUUGUGUCUUUGACUUUCGCAGGCUUGGCCUAGAAAGAAUAAUUCAGAAUUCUGGGGGAUUUGUUGCCUUGGGUCCCCUCAUGGUCCCACUUUCUGGGCCCAUGAGUCAGGGUCCCACUUGUGGGGCCCAUGAGUUGACCUGUGUGUUGGUUCUAUGUGCUGGUUGUAGGGCUUGGCCUUCUAUGUGCUUAGCCCAUGUGUGUUGGCUUUGUGUUGGUCCCGUGCGAGUUCGUCUCAGACUUGCAUGUUGACGGCGACGCCCUUUUACAUUUGCUGGUACCCAUUUUUUGUGUUUGCAAUAUCUUGCUGCUCCCAAAGAGAUUGACACGGCCAGUUCAAUCUGGUAUCCCUGUGUAUGUUUGCGUUUGUGAUGUGGCUGUUGUCCUAGGUGUUGGCCGUCGCGUUGGUCUCUACGAUUGUGUCCCCUGCAGGUCCCAUAUCUUGAUGCCCUUUUACGCCUGUCGGGACACAAAUGCUGGUCAUUUGCUGUUACGCAAAUGCUGGCGAAGUCUAUGUGCUGCUCCCAAAAAUUGAUGGGGCCAGUUCGAUGUGCUGGCCCCGUAUGUUUGCCUCAUGUCGUGCCUUUAUGUGUUGGCCUUCACGGUGGUCCCAUACGAGUGUGCCCCUGCAGUUCUCAGAUGUUGAUGUCGUUUUACGUCUUUCGGGACGCAAAUGUUGGCCAUUUACGGAUACACAAAUAAUGUAGAAAUGUAGGCCAAGUCUGUGUGCUGCUCCCAAAAAUUGGCGUGGCCAGUUUGAUGUGCUGGCCUGGUAUGUUUGCCUUCCCUCAUGUAUGGACCUUGCACCAGUCCCACAUACUGGCUGCUUCUGUUUGCUAAACGCACAUGUAGUUCCGACUCUAUUUGAUGGUCUCCAAUAGGGCCAUUUUUGUGGUGCCGAGGAUGGACAUGGCGAGUCUUAUCUACUGAUUCUAUGUAUUUGCCUUUCUGGCGGUUCUUUUUUAAUGGGUGCCUUGUGCUGGUCCCAUGGUCCCGUUUUUUAUAUAUAUAUAUAUAUAUAUAUAUAUAUAUAUAUAUAUAUAUAUAUAUAUAUAUUUCCGGGGUCGGCCCGGGGGCCUUGUGCUUGUCCCAUGGUCCCUUUUUCUUUCUUCUAUCUGCUAGCCCCUUGUUUGUUGGCUGCUUGUAUUUCCCGGUCCUAAAUGCUGUUCGGUUCUACUUGCUGAUCAUAAUCUAUUUGCCUUGCUGAUCAUAAUUUGUUUGCCUCAUUGUUUCAUAGGCCUUUCGCUCGUUCUAUGUGUGCCAGUCCCAUGUCUGGUUCCAUGUGCUUAUCGCAUGGGCAGUUCGGCAUGGACAUUGACCGCUUGUAUUUGCUGGUUCCCGAUGCCACCCGGGUCUAGUUGCUGAUCGUACUUUGUUUGCCAUGUGAUGGCUUCGCAGGAGUAGGAUGUUGGCUGCUUGAAUUUGCUGUAAUAGGUCUUUCGUUGUUCCUAUGUGCGCCAGUCCUAUCCCUGGUUCCAUGUGCUUGUCCCAUGGCCAGUCCCGUGUGCCCGUCCCAUGUAGGCUCCCUAGGAGCAUGUCUCGUUUGUGGUUCCGAUGUGUACCAGUCCGAUAUCUUGUUGGUCGUCUUGCUGUUUCAAUGAAGGACGAGCUUCAAAAAGUAUCAUGGGUCAAAGAAGCAUGUCCACAUUUUGGGCUGUGACUGUUGGCUGCAUUGUUCUGUCUUGCCGGUGUUCAGUCCAUCAGGGUAGGCCCAGUGUCGGGGUGCAGCUGUUGGUUAAUUAGGGCACUGGAGGCCUGGGAAAUUACAUGAAGAGUUCUGCGAGAGGUCUUUUCGGAGCCUAUGAGGGGGGGUGGAAUAUUUUCGGAAAAUACCUUGAGUGGCUGGAUCAAACUGUGCGAGUUUUGAGGUUCGAACACUUGACCAUUGGGAGCACAUGCUGACCACUGCGCGAGUUCGUCUGAGGAUGUGUAAGAGAGAAACCCUCGGCCGGAUUAAGGGCCGGCUUGGAAAGCAUGGACCCUUGCCCUAAUAAUGUCCAGGUUCUUGUCCAGAGGAUACAACGGUGAACCUCUGAAAAGCUCAGAGGAGAUGCAGUUGUGCAGGCCUGGGAAGAGCUCGUUUGAAGCUGGGAGGGGUGGGCACUAGGCUUUUUGUGACCUGCAGGGCAGGUCUGAGGAGUCUAGAGAAUUGGUGCCAGGGUUUACGGGAGUUAUUUGUCCGUUGUUGAAGGAGCACGAAUCUGACCGUAAGACUAACCACGUUCUUGUUGGAAAGCAGCACCUGCCCCUAAGAUUCUUCUGAGGUUUAACAUGCAUUCCAAAUGAGAUUUUCUGCCAGGCUGUACGUUGGAGAGGUGUGAUUGGUGCGUCUGCACACAGAGAGGGAGGGGGCCGUUUGGCUCUAGAGCACUUUUUUGAAGUUUUUUUUUCUUUUUUCUUUUUUCGGUCUAGAACACUUAGCUUUGGAACAUUGUGUACUUGUGUUUCAUUAGGCAGUGCGGGAGUGUUUAGAGGUCACUCUGUUGAGUUUUCAAGAGUUCUGAGAAAAGCUUGGAGAUGCACACACACACACACACACACACACACACACACACACACACACACACAGAGCAGAGAGAACAGAGAAGAAAGAGAGAGAGAGAGAGAGAGAGAGCACUGACAGUUCUGUGAAAUUUCUGGGAGACCUGUGAGACAGUUUUGAGAUUUUGGACAGUGAAGUUUUCGAGCCCGUGCACAUUCACUUAUGUUUGUCGCUGAUUUCUUCAGGUUUCGGAGUCAAGAAUGGACUUUGUUAUUGUUGUUUCGUGCUUUUCUGGAGUCCGGACAGUGUUCUGUUACUUC